CUUUUAAAAAUACGCUUUUUUCGCACAAUUUAACAUUUGUCAAAAAUUAAGUUUUGUUUCACAGUUAUUUGCGAAAAUAAGCGCAGACAUAUUCUGCUAAAUUGGAAAAAACCUCGAAAAGCUUGUGGCUUUGGCAAAAUUUGAAUGAGAAAUGUUUUCGCGCUUCGUUAAAGGGCCCAGUAGAUUUCAUAUAAUGAGAAGUUCAGUCACACCCAUAUGCGAUGAAUUCUAUAAUGCUGAGCGAUCACAUUCAGAGAUUUUACGGCAUCCGUGAAGUGACAUUGCAUUGUCGUAUGUUUAAGAGCCAUACCGAAAUAAGCGUCUUGAUAUACACUGCAGUGGACAGAAAGCUGAAAAGAUUCCUCUCGCUGAUGUUCAAUGAGAAAAUUCCUCCGAUUGCCUAUUUAAGUUUGGAGCCGUCUUCAAGCAUCAAGCUUAAGAUCGUGUGCGCACUACCUUUAAGCUCUAAUAGCAUUAAUGAUUGCGAGCAAAAUACAAAAGGAACAAGUAAUAUAUACAAAUUUAUUAAAAUUAGUACUAACUAGUUUUAAAACAAAGAAAAAUGUUUAUUAGCGUUGAAUUAAAUUAUUUAAUAUUUUUAAACUAUACUAUUUACAUAUGUACAUUUCUGUAAUUGUUUAUUCGAAUCGUUGUGGGCGCAGUAUUCUCAAGCUAGUUGACAGAAAGUGUGUUGCUGUUUGUAGAAAUUAAAAAAAAGAAAAAUAUUUUUGUUAAAAUUUAAUUUGUUUAUUAAGAACACUCGUUUCCCAGUUGAAAUUCGAAAAUUCUCUAAAGAUGAAAACAAUGUUGAAAUUUUAUUUUAUUUAAUUAAGAUUAAAUACACCUAACCGCCAACAGCGCCAAACGAGAACUAUAUUAUUGUUGUUAGCAUUCAGAUAACAACAAAAUAAGAGCCAGGACACGCUAGCCAGCUACGCGCUUGACUGCAUUCGAUAAUUAUAAAAAAAAAAAUAUUGAAUAUUUUGUAGCAUAAAUAUAUAAAAGUACCAUUAAACUUACGU